GGGCGCGUGGAGAUCUACUACUAUGGGAACCGGGGCACGGUCUGUGAUGACUUGUGGGACCUCAAUGACGCCGAAGUGGUGUGCAGGCAGCUGGGAUGCGGCUUUGCAGUUUCAGCUCUAGGAAAUGCCUAUUUUGGACAAGGCAGUGGCAGAAUCUACCUGGACGAUGUGCAGUGCACAGGGAAUGAGUCCUCCCUCUUUGAGUGCAGGAGCCGUGGCUGGGGCGUGCACAACUGUAACCACUAUGAGGAUGCCAGUGUUAUCUGCUCAGAUAUCUCCAGAACUGGUCUCCACCUGGUGAAUGGAAGGCACAGAUGCGAGGGCCGUGUAGAGCUGUAUUAUGAAGGACAGCUGGGGACGGUUUGUGAUGAUCACUGGGACCUUUCUGAUGCCCAGGUUGUGUGCAGGCAGCUGGGAUGUGGCACGGCCAUUGCAGCUCCAGGCAGCGCUUACUUUGGCCAAGGCUCAGGCAGCAUCCUGCUGGAUGACGUGCAGUGCCAGGGAAAUGAGCUGGCCUUGUGGAAUUGUGGUCACAGUGGAUGGCAGAGACACAACUGCCGCCACCAUGAAGAUGCCGGUGUUGUCUGUUCAGGAACCGGUCUCCACCUGGUCAAUGGAAGGCACAGAUGCGAGGGCCGUGUAGAGCUGUAUUAUGAAGGACAGCUGGGGACAGUUUGUGAUGACCUCUGGGACCUUUCCGAUGCCCAGGUUGUGUGCAGGCAGCUGGGAUGUGGCACGGCCAUUGCAGCUCCAGGCAGCGCUUAUUUUGGCCAAGGCUCAGGUAGCAUCCUGCUGGAUGACGUACGGUGCCAGGGAAAUGAGCUGACCUUGCAGGACUGCAGUCACAUUGGAUGGGGGAGACACAACUGCCAACACUAUGAAGAUGCUGGUGUUGUCUGUUCAGGUGGUCCACUGGAUACUACGGACUGGCCCCAUUCAAUAGGAGUGACCUCCACCACAGAGACAAGUACCCCAGUGUCAGAAAUAUUGUUGGUAGAGACGAGCUCCCCAGUGAAUAUCGUCACAGAAGGUGUCCGUGUGCGGCUGGCCAACGGCCGACACGUCUGCGAGGGCCGUGUGGAGGUGCAGGACGGGCAGCGCUGGGGCACAGUGUGCGACGACUUGUGGAGCCUGAGGGACGCGCAGGUGGUGUGCCGCCAGCUGGGCUGUGGGCCUGCCAUCGGCGCUCCAGGCAGCGCUCGCUUUGGCGCUGGCACAGGCCGCAUUCUGCUGGACAACGUGCAGUGCCGCGGGGACGAGGCCUCCCUGCUGCGCUGCCGGCACGGUGGAUGGGCUGUGCACAACUGUGGGCACUCGGAGGACGCCAGUGUCGUCUGCGCAGCUCCCGAGAGCACUCCCGCACCAGCAGCAGCACCUUAUCUUUGUGGUGGCUUAAUUUCAAAUUCCUCUGGGACGCUGCAGAGCCCGAACCACCCUGGAAGUUAUCCAAACAACGCUGACUGUGUGUGGGAAAUACAAGUAGAGAAUAAUUUCCGUGUUAUGCUCACAUUCAGAGAUAUUGCGAUGCAGAGCAGCAGGUGCCAGUAUGACUACAUUGAAGUCUAUGAUGGGCCCCCACACUCUUCUCCGCUUCUUGGGAGAAUUUGUGCCGGUUCCUUUCUCACGUACACGUCAUCUUCAAACCUGAUGAGCGUUCGCUUUCACAGCGAUUCGAGAUACACAUCUAGAGGGUUUCAGGCCCACUACUCCUCCAUUCCAGCAGAUCACAACAUCGCCCUGACGUGCUUGCCGGACUACAUGCACGCAGUGGUUAGCAGGGACUAUCUCCAGGCCCAGGGCUACUCUGCCGAGGCGGUCAACCUGAACAACACUGGCUGUGAACCAACGCUCACAUCACGUGAGGUCGUGUUCAACAUUCCCUACGACAGCUGUGGGACGACACGAGAGGAAAACAAUGAUACAAUCAACUAUUCCAACAUGAUCAAAGUUACCUCUUCUGGGCACAUCAUAAAGAGGAAAAAGGAUCUUCAGUUACAUGUCAGUUGCAAAAUGCUACAAAACACAUGGAUGCAAGUGAUGUAUGUUGCUGACGAUACUGUAGAUGUGAAUGAAAAUCAGUUUGGAAGAUACGCCGUGAACAUUACUUUUUAUGAUUCCGCAUCAUUCUUGCGGCCAGUGCGUGACUCUCCAUACUACAUUGACUUGAACCAAAAUUUGUACCUUCAAGCUUAUCUUCACAGCUCUGACCCAAAUCUGAUGAUAUUUGUGGACACAUGUGUGGCAUCACCUGAUCCUCAUGAUUUUAACACUCUGGCCUACAACAUAAUCAAGAAUGGAUGUGUCAGAGAUUCUUCCUAUGCCACAUACUACUCCCCCUACAGCCACUUUGCUCGCUUCAAGUUUAAUGCCUUUGAGUUCAUUAACCGCCACACGUCGGUCUACCUGCAAUGUGAGCUGGCCGUGUGCCGCCUGGGCGACUACUCCUCCCGCUGCUACCAGGGCUGCCUGAGCCGCUCCAAGAGAGAGGCAGGUUCUGCCCAGGAAAAGGUAGAUGUCGUCGUCGGACCGCUGAAGCUUCGAGAAGGAGAUGCUCAGAGCAGGAAUGCUGGGCUGGAUGCUUCCGUGCCUCCUCCCAACACAGUUCCCACUGCCGGUAACGUGCUCGGGCCUCUCACUGCUGCUGUUGCCAUCCUGGCCAUCGUUGUCUUCGUUCUUGCCGGCUUUCUUCUGAGGCCUGAAAUGAAGAAACCACUUUUGCAGAGGAUAAUGUGGCUCAGAAAUCCAACUGUGAAGCCCCAGAUGCAUGAGGACAGCCAAAACCUGCUGCUCCCCUUUCUCUUCGAGCUCCUGGGCAGCCUGGGAAGUGCGCUUUUGGAAGCUGCCCCUGAGCGUGUCAGGUUUUAUCAGCAUGAUAGGGAUCCCAGUCAAAAUGGGUUGCACGCUGACCAUCGUGUGGAUGCUUCUGCUGCUUGGAGGGCGUCUGCAGGGGUCAGUUUGCUUUUGUCUCCCAAAGAACUGUCUCUGAGGCUAGUGAAUGGGGAGAACAGAUGCCAGGGCCGCGUUGAAAUAUUUUACAGCGGAGCAUGGGGAACGGUUUGUGAUGACUCCUGGGACAUGAACGAUGCCAACGUGGUCUGCGCUCAGCUCGGGUGCGGCCGGGCCACUGGUGCCGUGGGGGCAGCCCAGUUUGGUGAGGGCACAGGAGACAUCCUGCUGGAUGAAGUGCAGUGCCAAGGGAAUGAGGCUCUCCUCUGGCAAUGCUCCCAUGAUGGAUGGCUCGUCACCAACUGCUUUCAUCAGGAAGACGCUGGUGUCAUCUGUGCGGAUGUGUCCCUGAGGCUGGUGAAUGGGAGGAACCGAUGCGAGGGCCGUGUCGAAGUCCAUUACCAGGGCAACUGGGGCACUGUUUGCGAUGACUCCUGGGACCUGCAGGACGCACAGGUGGUUUGCAGCCAGCUGGGCUGUGGCAGGGCUGUUUCUGCCCCAGGAAAUGCCAAUUUCAGCCAAGGCUCAGGAGAGAUCCUCCUUGACGACGUGCAGUGCAGAGGGAACGAGGCUUACCUCUGGGAGUGCCCCAGUAGAGGGUGGUCAGUCCAUAACUGUGCACACGUGGAAGAUGCCGGUGUCGUUUGCUCAGCUUCCACAGGAUCUGAAGUGACAGCUUCUACAGGAACUGAAAUACCCGAGGUGUCCAUGAGGCUGAUAAAUGGCAGAAACAGAUGCGAAGGGCGCGUCGAAGUCUUCUAUAAGGGAAGCUGGGGGACAGUCUGUGACGAUUUCUGGGACAUAAAUGAUGCGCAGGUCGUGUGCAGGCAGCUGGGAUGUGGAGAUGCCCUCUCUGCACUGGGAAAAGCACAUUUCAAUCCAGGCACAGGGGACAUUUUCCUGGAUGAUGUGCAGUGCCAUGGAAAUGAAUCCUACCUGUGGGAAUGCUCUCACAGAGGAUGGGCCACACAUAACUGUGGGCAUAGAGAAGAUGCCAGUGUGCGUUGCUCAGCUUCUAGGGGAGCCAGAACACCUGAAGUAGCUCUGCGGCUGGAGAACGGCGGCAAUCGAUGUGAGGGACGUGUAGAAAUGUUUUACAAAGGACAGUGGGGAACAGUCUGCGAUGAUUGGUGGGAUAUCGAGGAUGCUCGGGUCGUCUGCAGACAGCUAGGCUGUGGGCAGCCCAUCUCAGCACCAGGAGCUGCCCAGUUUGGGGAAGGCUCUGGAGUUAUUUUCCUGGAUGACGUGCAGUGCAGUGGGAAUGAAGCUAAUGUAUGGGAAUGCUCCCACAACGGUUGGUCAAGACAUAACUGUGGCCACAGUGAAGAUGCCAGUGUUGUCUGCUCAGGGCCUGCAGAAUAAGCAGAGGGAAUAAAGAUGUGCAUUACCUUUAAGGCUAUUAAAUUGCUGAGGCAUUUAGAAGAAAUCUCAGAAGGCACUUUCACUGUACUGAUCUGCAGUCUCUAUGAAAACCAGAUUUCUCAAUGAGGAAUAAUGAGCUCAGCCUCCUUCCAAUCACUUUUAUCUGUUAUGAACUCACAGUCUCAGUGAUUUUAUCUGUUGCCUAUCUAAAAUUCCCAUGGCCAAGUAUUUUGUGAAUCAUGUUUUUGAACUUCAGUUCACGUAGCAGAAAGUAGAGCAAAGCUCCUCAAAGAAGUAGUGCUUGUGUUAUCCUCCACUCCAUGCCUCUGAUUCCUGAAUUUGAAGAGAGAAAAAUGGUUCGAUUCCCAACCAUAACAGGCUGCUGGCUGCAGUCAUGGAACCAGAACAAUCUCAAAUUCCAGUUUGAAUGCUCUUACCCUGAUACACUUUUUACAUUUGCUAAUGGUGCUGUUUAUUUAGGACAAAACACUCUUCAGAAAAUAUAUUUGUAUAAUCCAUCUUUAUCCUCGUGCUUUAAUCCCCUCCUCAUGCUUGUAAACAUCCACAUAUUCAAAUCAAAUGAAGCUGCAUCUGAUUAAAAUCUGAUCCAGUAGAAACAUUUUCACAAAAAGAGAGUUAAUACAUGGACUUAGGACAGUCAGAAUUAUUUUUCUUACCUACCUAAGGCAAACAAACUAUGUGAUUCUAAGAUAUCAUAAA